AUGGUACUUCAUACUGAAAAACGACCUGUGAAAGUAGCCAACUGUUCCGGCUACCAUGGGGACCCGGCAUUCGAAAUGUACCGACAGGCUACACUAGGCGAUGUUGAUUUUAUUACUGGCGAUUAUCUUGCAGAGGUAAAUCUAGCCAACAAUGCCCAGGCUUGGAGAAAUGGAGAGCAUCCAGGAUAUGAACCAACCGCCUGGGAUGGCCUUCAGCAGACAAUAGAUGUUAUUGCCCAAAAACGGAUCCGAGUUGUCAUCAAUGGGGGUGCUCUCGAUCCCAAAGCACUUGCACUGAAGGUGGAGACUUUGGUUUCCGAAAAGAAACUCAAUCUUCGCGUUGCGUAUCUCUCGGGUGAUGACUUAUAUCCAACUCUGGGCCCAAAUAUGCCAACCACAAAAGAUGAAUUACGCCACCUAGACUCUGCCAACACUUCCACAGCACCAGCUGAUCUUACUUAUGCCUUUCUCAACAAUGGUGGGAACCCAGUUCCAAUGAUCUCUGCACACGCAUAUCUCGGAGCUCGAGGAAUUGUUGAAGGUCUGCGACGGGGAGCUGACAUUGUCAUCUGUGGCCGAGUUGCUGAUGCCAGCCCCGUUAUUGCUGCCGCUUGGUUCUGGCACGGCUGGUGCGAAACAGACUAUGACGAGCUCGCAGGAUCUUUGAUUGCCGGCCAUCUCAUUGAAUGUUCGGCAUACGUGACGGGUGGUAAUUUCGCUGACUUUGAUAAUUAUGACCUAGAUAGCCUUGUGGAGCCAGGGUUUCCGAUCGCUGAAAUCGCUAGGGAUGGCACAUGUGUGAUUUCCAAGCAUCCCGGAACAGAUGGGUUCAUCAACGUGGAUACUGUUCGUUGUCAAUUCUUGUACGAACUACAGGAAAUACGUACCUCAACAGCGAUGUCAGCGCUCAUAUCGCCGACGUACAUGUUGAGGAGGCUGGGAACGAUCGGUAUGUGUUCUGUGGAUGAAGCGGCUGCCUUCUUGAAAUCGGUAUUGAUAUCCGGCAUUCGAGGAUCACCGCCACCGCCGACAACAAAAUGUGCGAUCUUUUACCAAGGGGGAUAUGAAGCCCAGCUUCUUCUCAAUGCGACUGGUUAUGGUACUCCCAAAAAGUGGGAUCUUCUGGAAAAGCAACUCCGUCACUUUAUUCCAGCAGAUAUCAUGAAUGAUCUGGAAACAUUAGAGUUUCAACGAGUCGGAGUCACCGCUGAGAAUCCAAGAUCUCAGCUAGACAGCACAACCUACCUCCGAGUACUCAGUACGUCUAGAAAACAGAGUGCUGUAAUUUCGGUUGCAAAGGCAAUGGGAAAUAUCUCUCUCAAGCAUUUCUCUGGCUUCCACGCUUCGCUGGAUAUGCGAACAGCGAUUCCCCGACCAUUUCUUGCCUACUAUCCUGCAAUAGUCAGCCAAUCAGGUAUCAACGAAACAAUCAACUUCAUCGACGGACCGAACAAGAUCUCAUCUUUCGGGACCGGGCACCCAGCCCGAUAUGAAGAACUUGGCACGCGCGAUACCUACGACCCCAAGGAUCCACAGACCUACACUUGCGAUACUAAACAGAUUAGACUAGGGGAUAUCGCCCUAGGUCGAUCAGGAGAUAAGGGUGGGAAUCUCAACGUGGGGUUCUUCCCUAAAAGCCCUUGUCAUUGGCCUUGGCUGCAGGAUUACAUGACCAAAGAUCGCAUGCGCCAGCUUAUUGGAACAGACUGGGAUGACAGUUUCUUCAUCGAGCGUGUUGAGUUCCCUCAUAUACACGCUGUGCAUUUUGUUGUUUACGGAAUUUUGGGUCGCGGUGUGAGCAGCUCUACCCGCCUUGAUGGCUUCGGAAAGGGCUUCUUGGAUUAUGUCCGGGAUAAAUUUGUUGAAGUGCCCGUUGAUAUUUUCCAAAAUUGA